AUGUCGGACUCGAGCUCUGCAGAUCGACGUGCUAAUGCUUCACAAGGAGCAGCAAGCCCAGAUUUGGAUGAACCUGCAUUUGAAGAUGAAUCUGCCGCAAUUCUUGGUGAUGAUAAUCUCGAUGAGGAGGAGGAGUCUGGAGAAAAUCUGUUUGGAGAUGAUAUGGAACGCGACUACCGUCCUAUCCCAGAACUAGACGUGUAUGAAGCUGAAGGUCUUGCAGAUCCGGACGAAGACCUUGAGGAAUUAUCACCGAAUGCACGGGCUGAAGCUGAACGUUUAAUGCGACAGCGGGAUCGUGAGCGUUUGCUCGCAACUGGUGGUUUACGACGUGACCUUAUAGCUGAUUUGUACGGUGCUGAAGAUGAUGAGGAAAUUAUUCCUGUACGCCGUAGGCGCCUCGCCGAAAGAGCUGCAGCUGGUGAUGAAGGUGAAAUAGAGCCAGAAGGCGUGUUAGAAAGCAUUGAAAACUUAGAGGACAUGAAGGGAAUGUCCGUAGUCGAGUGGGUUCAGCAACCCGCUACUCGUCAAGAAAUCAAAAACCGUUUCAAGGCAUUCCUGAGAACGUUUUAG